AAGAUCAGUAAUCUUAGAAUUUAGAGAGAGAGAGAGAGAGAUCCUCCAUUCCUCCUUUGUAGGAGGACAUUGAGAAGGACAUGAGGAUCUCCUUUCUAUUAUGGAAAUUCCAACAUGCAACAGAUUUUCUCUUUCUUUGAGUUUGAGAACCUUCGUCCUAUCUGCGAUCAGGGGGCCUCCCAUCUCAGCUAGAGCCGAGCAGUUGCAGCUCCGGAAAGGUGUAGUAACUGGGUUGAUUUCCUGCAUAAACUUUUGACGUAAAUCUUUGUCUGAAGUUCAUGACCUAAUAAUGCCUUCCACUUCUGCAACUGCUCCGUCGUCGAAAUCUCCACCUUCACCGGCCUCUCCACCGCCGUCGAACGCGUCGUCAAAUUCCACACCGCCUCCAUCAUCAUCACCAUCACCACCCACACAAUCGUCGCCUGAAGAAUCCCCCCAGGCACCACCUCCAUCAAAAGGUUCAUCUUCACCACCUCCGCCAUCUUCCUCUGAUAGUACCUCUCCUCCGCCGCCCCCUGCAAAAAACGGUUCAGGUUCCCCACCAACCAAUGUCGUACCUCCACCACCCCCACCCCAAUCCCAUUCUUCAUCAGGCGGAUCACAUCCGCCACCUCCACCCAAAGUCUCAUCGUCUACGCCUUCGUCUGGUUCUAAUAACUCCUUAUCCAGUUCAUCAAUAUCUACCAAUCUACCUGUAAUACUAGGAGUUACAAUUGCACUAGGCUUGUUUCUACUUGUCGUGAUUAUUGUCUGUGCCUGCUCAAGGAAGAAGAAGAGAAAGAAUUAUGAUCAUAAUAUGCAAAUGCAUUAUUACUAUGGAGAUCCUUCACAAAAAGGCCGUAAUAGUACUCAUGAAUACUACAACAAUUCAACUCAACCCAACUGGCACAGUAGUCCCCAAGGGGGCCAUGUUGUCAGGCUGCCGACACCAACAGGCAUAGCGGGAUCAACUGCAGGGGCCUGGCCAGCUGCGACCCCUCCACCCCCGCACAUGAUGAUGUCAGGUAGCGGCGACAUGAGCACGAAUUUCUCAGGCCCAUACAAACCCCCCUUGCCACCUCCCUCACCAAAUAUUUCUCUUGGAUUCAACAAGAGCACCUUCAGUUAUGAGGAGCUAGCGGCUGCUACCGAUGGUUUUUCGCAGGCCAAUUUGUUGGGUCAGGGAGGAUUUGGUUAUGUGCACAAGGGUGUAAUGCCUAAUGGACAGGAAGUUGCGGUGAAGAGUUUGAAGUCGGGAAGCGGGCAAGGAGAAAGAGAGUUCCAGGCUGAGGUUGAGAUCAUUAGUCGCGUUCACCAUCGACAUCUUGUGUCACUUGUUGGAUAUUGUAUUGCCGGUGGGCAGAGGAUGUUGGUUUACGAAUUUGUUCCAAAUAAUACCUUGGAAUAUCACCUUCAUGGAAAGAAUCUCCCGACCAUGGAUUGGCCAACUAGGCUUCGCAUUGCAGUAGGAUCUGCAAAAGGACUCGCAUACCUUCAUGAAGAUUGCCAUCCUCGGAUCAUUCAUCGUGAUAUCAAAGCAGCUAACAUUCUCCUUGAUUACAACUUUGAAGCCAUGGUGGCUGAUUUCGGACUGGCUAAGCUGUCUUCUGACAAUUACACUCAUGUAUCUACUCGUGUCAUGGGAACAUUCGGGUAUUUGGCUCCAGAGUAUGCAGCGAGUGGCAAGUUGACUGAGAAAUCAGAUGUUUUUUCAUAUGGUGUCAUGCUCUUGGAAUUAAUAACAGGGCGGCGACCUGUGGAUCCUUCAAGUGCAAUGGAUGAUAGCUUAGUGGAUUGGGCUCGGCCACUUAUGUCUCUUGCUUUGGAAGAUGGAGAAUAUGAUGAGCUGGUUGAUCCAUUCUUGGAGAAGAAUUACAACCUCAACGAGAUGGCACGUAUGGUAGCCUGUGCUUCUGCCAGCAUUCGUCAUUCUGCUAGAAAGCGCCCGAGAAUGAGCCAGAUUGCACGUGCGUUGGAGGGUGAUGCAUCAUUGCUAGAUGACUUGAAAAAUGAGGGAGUGAAGCCUGGCCACAGCUCCGUUUACAGCUCAGCCGGGAGCUCAGACUUAGAUACCAAUACAUUUAAUGCUGACAUGAAGAAGUUCAGAAAGACGGCACAGGCUAGCCCUGAAUUUGCAAGCGGAGAGUAUGGCACAUCCAGUACUGAGUCCCGCGAGAUGGGCAUUGAAGAGAACCAAAAGUGAUGAAAGUAUUAACUUCUGAGUUCUGCCAGUAAUCCAGUUGUUUCCAAGUAAAUUUGGGGUUUCUUGAGGUGACUCUAAAAUAUCUGUACUUCCAUUCAUCCUUAAUGAACUGAUUUAUUUCCUUUCCGAACUUGGAUAUGUACCAUUGCAUUUAUACGCAUAUACUAAGCAAUUGAGGCAGAUCUAGCUUACAU